AUGGAAAAGACGACGAACGCCCCGACCGAGCCACCAGACCCCAGUCCGCGUUCCAAACGAAGGGAGCGACGCAAGACGCUCCACCUCGGCUCGCUCUCUCACCUCACCGUCAGCGGCGGCGGCGGCGGCAGCGGCAGCGGCGGCAAGUCGGCGUCUGUCGAAGACCUCGAGCACCCGCUCAACAGGGAGAGAGGCGGCAGCGGCGGCCGAACGACCGGCAGUGGAGUGCUGGCCAGCGGGCCGGCCAGCGCGAGCCGGCCAGGAGGCCCCCUCAGCGGCAGCGGCCCCGUGAGCGGAAAGAGCGCCGCGAGCGUGUUCUCGAUUGGCAGCGGCGGCGGAGCGGCGGACAGCGACGGUAAUGCCAAAGACACGAGCAGCAGCAGCAGCAGCAAGCGGCUCAGCAGAAAGCUGCGGAAGGCGCCGGCGGGCAGCGGGGUGGCCGAGGGGGAGCUCAUCCUGCUGCGGCUCGAGGGCCGCAUCCUCGAAGAGAAGGAACGCGAACGUGAGAAGGAAAAGCGACGCAACGAACUGCAACAGCAGCAGCAACAACCGACAAAGGAGGAUGAUGAACAGCAACAGCAACAGCAACAGCAGCAGCAGCAGCAGCAGCUGGCGAUGGCGGCGGUGCUGUCGCCAAAGGACUUGACGCGAGGGGGAACGCUCAAGAGGAUGAUGCUGGCCAAGGCCGGCGGCGGCAGCGGCGUGGGGAGCAACCUGCGCGACGAGAUGUCGGGCGAGAAGACCGCCGGAAGCGGUAUCUGCGUCAACAACAAUAACAACAGCACCGGCGCCGCGGCCAACAACAGUAACAAUGGAGGCGGAGGCGAGGGCGACGCGGCGCCGCUGGAGCGGCGGCAGCUCAACCCGCUGGUACUCAAGAGCCAGGAGGACGCCUCGGCGUCGUCACUUCAGAAGGCCCUCAGCUGCGUGCACGAGGAAGACGCUUCGCUCUUGCCUCCGCUUCCCAUGGAACGGCUGCAUCGCAAGUCGCUGGGCGGGUGGAUGGAGCAGCUCACUCGGCGGGCCAGCGCAGCGCAAUCGCCCAGCGAUACGGAAGAUAAAGAGUUGAUCGAGUUCGAAGAGGCCGAGAUCGCAUGCCUGUUCUGGAUGCAGGUGGAGCUCUACCGCCAGGCGUGUCGUUUCGAGCGAGACAAGGCUGAGAAAGAGGGCCGGCUCUCCACGUCCUCCACCACUACCACCACGACGGCCACGGCCGCAGCCGCCAGCGGCUCGUCGUCACCUGCUCCGUCUCGUCGGGCGACGACCGGAGGCAACAGCAGCGCCGCCGCUGCCACCAGUGAAGCAGGUGACGCGAACCGCGGCGGGCCGGUACUCGGAGUGGCGCACAGAAGGACGCACCCGUCGGCGCCUGUACAUAAGAUCUCGUCCCUGGGCUGGCCCAUCACGCCAUCCCACGGCAGCUACAUCACCACGCCACCACAGCAACCGAUUUUGAGUUCACACGAGUUGCGGCUUCGAAUAUUCCAGCAGCACGUGGCGGAGGACGCGCCUCUGCGGAUCGACCUCAAGAGCAGCACCGUCAAGGACAUCGCGCUCGAGAUGGACGCCCUCUCCUCUUCUUCCUCCCCCUCUUCCCUCUCCUCCUCCUCCUCCUUUUCAACAUCAACUGUCACCACGUUGUCGUCGUCGUCGCUGUCGCUCACCGCGCAGUCGCCGCUCUCCUCCUUCUCGUUCUCUCCCCUGCCGUCGCCGCUUCCGUCGCCCACCUCAUCGUCCUCGUCGGCGUCGGCGUCGGCCUCUCCGUUCUCGGCCGACAACCUCCAGGCCCAUCCGCACCCGGCGCUCCUGCACCCGCACCUCCCCGACCUGCUGUUCCGCGAGGCCCAGCGGCAGGUGGUGUUUGAGGAGUUCCGACGCGAGUAUUCCAAGUCGGAAGCACCAGUUUCGGCCGACGCUCCCGACGACCACGGCUGGCAUUUCCUGGAGGCCACCAAAGGCGUCAGGUGCCUCCGCAAGUUCUACCCCGGCAAGGACAUCGGGUGCGCCAAGGCCGUCGGCGUGGUGGGCGCGCCGGCGGCGCAGGUGUUCCGCCUGGUGAUGGCCUGCAGCGAGACGCGGCAGGAGUGGGACGAGCUCUACCUGUCGGGUAAGGUGACCGAGAACCUGGCCUCCAACAUCCAGCUCCUCUACUUUUCCAUGCGCAGCCUGUGCAAGACGGUGCGCAAACGCGACUUUGUGGUGGCCCGCGCGUUUGCGGUGCUGCGCGGGAAGGAGGGCGAGCGCGGCGGCGCGCCGCGGGACACGUUCGUGGUCAUCUCCAAGUCGGUGCCGUCGGCCGCGCACCCGCCCCAGAAGGAGUUUGUGCGCGGCGAGGAGGUGAUCGAGGGCUGGAUCUUCAAGGAGACCGGCAACAACUCGUCGCUCAUCACGCGGGUCGUGUCGAUCGACUUCCGCGGCAAGAUUCCGCCCUCGGUCGUCAACGCACUCAACCACCGGUUGGCGAUUACGUCGGUCCUCAACAUCAAGGCGGUGUUCGACAAGGUGCGCGAGAAGACCAAGGAGCUGAUGGAGCCCGACCGCGACACCUACUUCCCGUUCGUUGCCCGGGUCAUGUACCCGCACCAGUUCAUCACUCGCGAGGAGACUGCCAACGAGUACUCGCCCAGUCUCAUCGGCGGCAGCGGCGCCGAUGACGGUUCUGGUAACCCCUCGGCCUCGGGGGCAUCGGCGUCGGGCUCGGGCUCGUCGUCGUCGCUGUUGGCCGUAAGCCCGAGCAAACCGGCACGGCGCGGGGUCAAGAUCAGCGAAGACGUGGACGAGAGCGAUGGCGGCCACAAGCGCGAGUGCGGCCGGCCGACGCCGAGGCCCGCCGCCGAGUUCCCGAUUCUGUCGGUGAUGGAGGGCGAGCUGGUGACCGUCGUCAAGAAGGUGCCCGGCUCCAAGCUCUGGGAGGGAUUCCACAACCGGAGACGGGGCCUGGUCAACAUCGACUACAUCGACCCGAUCCUGCCCACGUUGCCCAGCCCGUCGACAAAUAUGAUCAUGAACCCGGGCAUGGUGUCGCUGAUGGAGAUCCUGCUCGAGAGCGACUGCCGCGUGGUGUUCACGCUGCUGUCGGUCGUGGAUCUGGCCUUCAACCAGUCCAUUCCGGAGGCCAUCAUCCGAAUUCACGAGGUGGGUGGCGCGCCCACAGUUUUGAUCAAGUCCGCCAUCACGCUCGACCUGUCCAAGAGCACGGCCGUGGGGACGCUGUUCCGGGGGAGCGAGAUCCACACGUCACUGCUCUCCAGCUACGCCAAGACGGUGGCCAAGAAGUACCUCACCAAGACCCUGACGUCGCUCAUCCACAACGUGUGCCAGCUCUACGACGAGGGCAAGUCGUUCGAGGUCGACCCGGCGCGGCUCAAGGAGGGCGAGGUGCUGUCCGAAAACGCCGAUCAGCUCGUUACCACCACGCGCAGCUUCCUUGAGAAGAUCCUCCGCACUGUCGACGAAUGUCCAGCGUCGUUGCGCGACAUUUGUCGGCAUCUUCAGCGGGAGGUGUCCUCCAAGUACCCGGGCACCCACUACACCGUGCUCGGUGGCCUCUUCUUCCUUCGCCUCCUCUGUCCUGCCAUCGUUUCGCCCACAGAGCGAGCCCUUAUCAAGGGCCAAGUAUCGCCGGGCGUGCGGCGUGGGUUGGUGAUGAUCUCCAAGGUCCUCCAAAAUCUGGCCAACGGGAUCGAGUUCGGGUGCAAGGAGGCCCACAUGGCCAUCCUCAACCCGUUCAUCAUCGAGAACCUUGCCGUCGUUCACAUGUUCUUCGACAAGCUCACCGACGAAACGGAGGUCAACAAGGCGCUCAAGGCCGAGGAGCGGGUGCGCGACAAGCAGGACGUGGACACCGAUCUGCCGCAGGACUCACUCAACGUCAUGCACGCCGAGCUGAGCAAGCACCUCGACGGCAUCGCCGACAAGUUGGAAUUCGAGGAGACCGAGGCUGGAAUGCCGACCCUCGAGCGGCUGUUGAGCGUGCUCACGCUUCUGGGGCCUCCGUCGACAGAAAUCAACAAGUCGUCGACGAGCGCCCUGAAGGGGCACCUCCGUCGGCUCUCGUUCGGCAAGGGCUCCUUCAUCAAGACCUUCAAGCAAGAGCGAGAGGCGCAGAAGGAAAAGGAAUCGGCGGUGCCGAAGAGCAUCAUCGUGACCAACCCGGACAAAAGCGAGCCCGUGCUGUUGCCCACGAUCGAGGAGAUCAUGGAGGAGCGUAUUGAAGUGGUCGGCAACGAGGACCUCGACUUCUCGCCCGAACAGCGACGACGAGCCAAACUGAAGAAGGACAAGCUGGAGAAGAUACUGGGCGUGGCGCUCAGCCCGGAGAACCUCAGCGCGCAGCUCUGUGGCGGCAGCGCGUCUACCUCGGCCCCGCCCUCUGCCCGCGGCGACAAGAACGUGCUGGCCGUCAAGGACAUUCGUGAGCGCGCCCGCUCGACCACGGUCGCCCCGGCCGGUUCGUCGCCGUCGGGUCCCGCGGACAGCAAGCGGCGGCAGUCGUCGACCGACCGCACCACCAAGCGCGACGCCGACGGCGCCCGACGAUCACCGCGGCGCGACGACAAGGGCAGCGCCGGCGACCAGCGGCAGCAGCGCAGCAAGCACCACCAGUACACGGCCACCGUGCCCGGGGCCUCGCACAAGCAGAAGCUCGUCCACAAGCGGCUCAAGCUGCAGAAGCUGCUUGGCACCCACAUCUCCUCGGAGAGCAUGAUGAAUCAGGUCGGCCCGUCAUCUUCAUCGUCGUCGUCGACCGAUCCGACCGCCGCCUCGUUCGGCGACGACGAGCGCUCAAUUGACGACGACUCCGCCUCGACGUCGUCAUCGCCUUCAUCUCCCUCGUCGAUACGAAAGAAGUGGUGGCUCGGCGGCGGCGGUGGAAGUGGAGCCGAGGCGAUGAUGGAAAAGGAGGGGAACGACCCACCGUCGCCGCCGCGCUCUGGGGAGGACGGCAGUGCCGGGAGGCGGCGACACAAGACGGCGCCCGAGCGGCCCAGCGGCGGCGGUGGAAGUGGAGGGAGUGGAGGAGGUGGUGGAGGUGGAGGUGGCGGCCUCAACAACUUCAUGCGCAAGUGGAACACGAGCGACACGGCCAAGGAGCGCGAGCGGAAGAAGAGCUUCAUCCCGUGGAUCGGCAACAACGGAACGCCGCCAUCGGGGAGCGAUGAUGAAGCGGAUGCAGGAGGAGGGUCGAUGAUCGAGCAGCCGCAACCGGCCGAAGCCAAGCAGCAGAAGCGGAGGAAGGAGACCUUCACGGGCUUCUUCCGACGGCGACUCGACAGCGGCGGCUCCUCCCCAGAGACACCGGUGUCGGCCAUCGCCGCCAAGGCCGCCGAAGACAUUGCUGAGUAG